GUGACAUUUGCAUGCUUACUUAAACAGCAAAAAGCAGCCUCUACUCUACGACAGCCACGUCGAGCUUGGCACGUCUGCCUCAACUAUGCUUUACAUUUUGGCCAGACCCGCUCUUAGACUUCCUCUCAGUCUCGGUCUGAGCCAGGGCCAGAGUCUGGGCCCACUGGUGUUGUCAGUAGGCAGUCGCAAUCCUGUCGACGUCACAUCAGCACACGUGUGUAGUAAAAAUCAGACGUGUGGGCGCCACAGCCGCAGCCGAGCCGAGCAAAGUCGAGUCCUGCCUUCAUGUACUUUGAUUGCUUGCACGUUACCCGUACAAUUUUCGGUAUGAUGGCGGCAACAUUUCAUGAUUUCUUGUACGUGUUUCUGCCUGAAAGCACGCGUCCUUUCCUCAGCCAUCCUGCAUCCCAGAUCUAUUCCGGCUCAUGGGUUCCGGAGUAAUGUAUGCAAGCACUUUUUGUAUAUGACGCCGUUGCGCUUUGGGUCGUCGGCGUGUUUGUUUGCCUGGUGACUGAUGAUGGUUUGCCGGGUUUUGCUCAGUUCCCGCUUCGGCCUCAGCUUCCACGGCCAUUUCUGCUGCGCAACGAGAGUUUGUCCUGCUAAUAAAUCAAUGACGCCAUUCGGCGACUCCAAAGUAGGCAAUGAUUUAUGUCUGGCUAAAGGGUUCCCAGGAUUCCCGGACCUAAUUGAGUUGCCAUUGGUGUAUCAGUCAUUUCUAGAGUGUUGCCCUCUCAGUCAGAACGAUUCUCAAAUUUCACGUUGCCUCUUUUUGCACUACAUUGUUUUUAUAUUGUUUUUCAAAUCGUUUGUACCAUGGAGCUUACUAUACCAACGGCGGACUCGCAUUGGUCUCUGCGCUUCGUGGAGGUUUGGAGGCCCUUUCCGCAGCAGGUGAUGGCCAAUGCCACCUACAAGGUUAUACGCUUCUUCUAUCCCCCCUUCGCCCUGGAAGCAGUCCAUGUCACCCACGUGGUCGGCGAUCCCCAGCUGAACGGCCUAAAUGCGGCACUGUUUCUGGGCUGCCCCCUGUUGCUGGUCAGCUUUGGCUAUGCGGUGUACAAGUAUAAGCUGAAGAAGAAACGUGUGGUUCGAACGUCACCAGAGCGCUUAAACGAGCUUGAGCAGCGUAUGAUUGCCAAGUACGGCCCGGAGUACAAGAAGGGAAUAUGGAAGAGAAAGGACAUUCCUGAUCCCCUUCUGGAAGGAAAAAAGACCACUGAACCAGAAUCCAGCGACAAAUUCACCAACGUAAAUAGUUGCGAUGAGGAGGUCAAGUGCUACCUGGAUAAUCAGAUAGACCUGGUUGAGCAAAUCGAUAACACGAUCAGAGAACGUUCCGGUUUGGAAACCCAGACAGCACAGUAGGGACUUUUCGCUGUCUCCAAUUUAGCCUGAACAACCUUUUUUGUAUCCGCUUAAAGAAAAAAAUCGUUUUCAGAUCCUUCAA